CCAGUCAAGAAUCUUCAAGAUGAGGUACGCCUUCGACGACACGACACUGACCGAAAAGUCGGCCAGGAGCCACGGCUCCUACCUCCGGGUGCACUUCAAGAACACCCGCGAGACCGCUGCCACCGUCUCGGGCAUGAAACUGCAGAAGGCUUUCGCUUUCCUGCAGGAUGUGCAGGACAAGAAGCAGUGCGUUCCUUUCAGGCGCUUCAAGGGUGAUGUUGGCCGGAAUGCACAGGCAAAGCAGUGGGGUGUUACCCAGGGUCGCUGGCCAACCAAGUCGGCCAAGUUCCUGGCAUCCCUUCUCCGCAACGCCGAGGCCAACGCUGACGCCAAGGGUCUCGACACCGAGGAGCUGAUCAUUCGCAACAUUGUCAUCAACCAGGCUCCGAAGACCCGCCGCCGCACGUACCGUGCCCACGGUCGCAUUAACCCGUACCAGGGCCACCCGUGCCACAUCGAGAUCCACCUGACCGAGCCGGCAGCUGAGGUUCCUAAGGCCGAGAGCGCCGUUGUCAGCACGAACCUCAACAAGAGGCAGCUUGCUCAGAAGCGGAUCGCCGCUGCUCGUGCUCCGGCAGUCUCUGCAUAAGGAUCUUACGUCUGCGAGGGCAAACGCAAGGUGCUUAGAUGCCGCUCCUCCCGAGGCGUAGGAGGAUCAGACGGGAGAGCUGAACAAUGGUGUUCAGUUGUUGCGGCAAAAUCGUGAAUGUUGCAUGCCUACCACACCACGCAGCAUUUUUUGGAGGGA